AUGGCAAGUACCGUCGUGAACGCUCUCUUUGGGUCGUAUGAUCUACGGAAUGCAAAGCAGUGGCGAGACGAAGACAUGGCGUAUCGAGAGCAGGAGAUUCAAUGGCUUAACGACGAUAUUGUACGUGCCCAUCAGUGGCGUAUUGCAGAUAUGGAGCGUUUUUUACGACGCGAGAAGAUGCAGAGUGAGCACGUUGUGUGUGAAGCUCGUGCUGAACAACUUUCGACCGUUUCUGAGCAGUCAACACUGCUGUGUGGAUUUAUAGUAAGUGCCAUGUGUAAUGUGGGCGUACCGGAUAAUCUUCAUGCGUCUAUAUUGUUCCUCUACACCGUAUCGGGCACAUUGGUGUGUGUGACAAUGCUCAUUUGCGCCGUCAUGUGCACAAACUUGCAACUCGCCGUGACGCGAUACGCGGCUCACACGCUUGAAGACAGUGUACGAAGUAUGGAAAUCAAUCAGUUGGAAUGGGACUCACCUUUUAGUUACUGGUGGCUAAGCCGCUGUGAAAAGGAGCAGAUGACGGCCUACAAAUUCAUGCUUUUCGGCGUCGCUUUUUUCUUCCUUUACUUAGGAGCUGUCUCGUGGGUCCAGUUCUACAUGUCCACCGCCACGUCGCUUAGUAUCUCAUCACUGUCGUUUAUAGCGUUCCUCAUUUGGCAGCUACGCAUUGCUAGCAAAUGGAGGUAUCUGCUUGCGCCGCCAUCGUCAGGAAAUGUGGUAAGAGAAUCGGGGUCAUCUGCAGACAGUGCAUCCUUGCAGUCGUAUCUGUCGGCGCCGAGAACACCGCCGGUAUUAAGAAAAUCCAUGCUGGAAUCAGGUGCUGCAGCGUCAGCAUCGGGCUUCACAAAGUCCGUGAUACCGACACCAACGUAA